AUGGAGGACGCUGGUCAAUUGCCAAACGCACAGAAUGAAAAAACAGAAGAGGAUAGCGUGAGUUUAAUCGUUACCUAACUUUUCAAUAAACCACGUUCUUCAGACUCGUCCUCAUUACACAAUGUCGGGUAUUUUGCAUUACAUACAACACGAAUGGACAAAAAAUGAAUUGGAUCGGACUAGGUGGGAGGCAGAAAGGGCGGAAAUGCAGGUAAUUUCUUGAAUUUAUUCUUGGAUUCAUCUCAAAAACACUUUUCAGGCCAGAAUCGUGUUUCUUCAAGGCGAGCGCAAAGGUCAGGAAAAUUUGAAGAACGAUUUGGUCCGGCGCAUUAAAAUGCUGGAGUUUUGCCUGAAACAAGAGCGGUCCAAAAACUAUCGACUAACUCAUAACGGUGAAGAGCCACCAUCAUUCGAGGAGUCUCCAAAUGAGAACUCGGCUCCAAAUGGUGAGUGACGAAAACAAAACAGUCGCGGAGACAGAAAUAAAUGUUUUAUUCAGACAACAGCCAUUUGUCGACAGAUCUCGACGCUUACAUUAAUGAUGCGGGAGAGGCCGGCGGCAGCUUCAGACAAGGCCGUCUGCUUUUGAAGAGAUAUCUGGAGGAGAUCGGAUACAGCGAGCACAUCAUGGAUGUUCGGUCUUUCCGUGUGAAGAACUUGCUUGGACUUCUACCACAGGUAACAACUCACGUCCGUUCUAUCAAAAACCGACAUGUUCUGAAUUCGCAGGCUGAUCCGUCUAGUGAGCGUCUAAACGGAAAGAAGGAAAGAAGCGACAGGUAAUUGACGAAGAGAACUAGUUCAUCUACGCAAAAAUUAGUAGUUUCAGUGAUUCUGAAGAUGGUCACGAGGACGGACAGCUCGAUGCGGAUGCUUCGAGAGCCAUCGAAGAGUUCGACUUCUUGAACAGUGUUGAGUCUGCCAGAGACAAUCGCUCUGAGGUGGACUGCUGGGCUGGAAAGGGAGGCUCAUUCGAGAAGCUUGUGAAACAGUACAAAGAAGAUCCGAAAGUGAAGAGGCGCUCGCGAACAUCUACGGAUGUUGCCGACGAGAAGUUGAGCAGCGAAGUGCACAAGAAUCUGGAGACUGACGUUCCGCCAGGAAUCCGUUCUGCCAUCGAAGCUUCUGCACAGGAGGAACUGCCGACAAGGAGGCCAGGACGGCGCAGCGCCAAUUUUGCUUAUGGAAACGGAAACGAAAUCGACACCGCUCUCGGAAUGCAAACCGAAGAAAACAUGGACAUCAAGGAUGAGUUCGCCAAUGAUGUAAGAUUGCCUGUUCUCAGACAAUUGACAACCAAUUUCACUUUUUCCAGGAUGAAGACGACAACCUGCCAAAGGUUAAGUGGGCCAUGAAGGCAUCUCUUCGCUCUCACCUCGAUAUCAUUCACGCAAUGCAGUUCCAUCCUGUUGAGCCAGUGCUUUUCACCGCUUCAGAAGACGGCGUCGUGAAGCUCUGGAAUAUCGACCAAAAAAAAGAAGACGGCAAGCACGGCAGCUCCGGAAGCGGCGAGAUCGAACCGGUGUACACGUUCCGCGGGCACAAAGGACCAGUCCUAUGCUUGGUUUUGUCGGCCACCGGGGAUCAUUUGUACACUGGUGGCUACGACGGAAACAUCUGCUGCUUCAACAUUCCUUGGUCUAAUGGGGAUCCAUUCGAUCCGUAUGGUAAGCUUUGAGUGCUCAUUUAUCAGGUAACCCUUUCCUUCUUAUUCAGAUGCACGAGUUCUCUCUGAGACUCUUGUCGGCCACACAGAACCCGUCUGGUCCAUUGCGUAUCACUCUUCAAAUGGACGUCUCGUUUCUGCCAGUUCAGACUCGACUAUCAGAUAUUGGGAACCUGGAAACGGCGAGCCGGAACUACGUACCAUUGGGCCACCGAGGCCGAAUCUCAUUCCGACGUCGGUGGACUUCGUGUCUACGGAAACAACUCAUCUGCUAGCUGCGUACACUAACUGCUACGCCCAGAUUAUCGACAUUGAAACUGGAAGCACAGUGAUGGUUUUCGACUUUGGAAAUGUAGUUGGCUCUCCAACGAUGAACAAGAUCGUCAGUCAUCCGACAAUGCCGUUGACGGUGGUCGCUGGGGAAGAUCGCACAAUCCGCUAUUUUGAUAACACGACCGGAGCGCUUGUGAGCGAGUCGGUGGCACACGUGGAAGGUGUCUCGUCGCUGGCGAUCGAUCCGAACGGACUGUACCUGUUGUCGGGAAGCCACGACGGAAGCAUUAGGAUGUGGAACGUUGAGAAACGAUCGUGUCUUCAGGUAACGUGAUUUUUUAAAGUCAAAUUAUGAACUUCACGUUUUCAGGAAAUCUCCGCUCACCGAAAAAAGAACGAGGCAGCGGUGACGUCCGUCGCUUUCCAUCCAUCGAGAUCGCUCAUCGGAUCUGCCGGAGCAGACGCACUCGCCAAGGUCUACAUGUCGGGAAAUAACUAG